CAAUGAAAUUUCAGCUGGGAAUCGGAGAAAAGUUAGUUGUCAUCAUUUUGAAUGUUUGUCGUAGAUUUUUAUCAUUCGUGCCAGUGUUCUUGCCGUUUGAUGUUCUCUCUUGCAUAAAAGACAAAUUUGCAUAACUACGAUAAUGUCAUCAGAAGCGAAGAAUUUUCCGGUGCUGAAAAAUGAUAGACUAUUGAGAGCAGCUCGCGGGGAGCCCGUUGAUAAAGUGCCGGUAUGGGUCAUGAGACAAGCUGGCCGAUAUUUGCCGGAAUUUCAGGAAGUGCGUGCGAAACACGAUUUCUUUGAAGUUUGCCGGACUCCCGAACUUGCUUGUGAAGUGACGAUGCAGCCGCUGCUACGAUUCGAUCUGGAUGCCUCGAUAAUUUUUUCGGACAUUUUAGUGAUUCCUCAAGCUCUCGGGAUGACCGUGGAAAUGCGACCGGGAGAGGGUCCCAAGUUUCCGGAACCAUUGGUUGACCCGAAAGAUCUGUCCAAAUUACAAGUGGAAAAUGCAGUGUCACGAUUAACAUAUGUCGGUGAUGCCAUUUCAAUGAUGCGACGAAAUUUGGAUGGAAAAGUGCCUUUGAUUGGAUUUACAGGAGCGCCGUGGACAUUAAUGGGCUACAUGAUCGAAGGUGGUGGUAGCAAGACGAUGUCAAAGGCGAUUUAUUGGUUGGAGAAUUAUGCAGAUGACAGCAAAAAACUUCUGGAAACAUUGACCUCUGUGAUUGUGGACUACUUCGAGAUGCAGGUGAAAGCCGGAGCACAAAUGCUGCAGGUGUUUGAAUCCAGUGCUGAUUUCAUCACCAAAGAGCAAUUCGCGCUAGUGUCGUUACCAUACUGUAAACAGAUUCGCGAUAAACUGCACGACAGACUAUCGAGCCAAGGAAUAGACCCGGUGCCAAUGGUGAUGUAUGCCAAAGGAGGUGGACAUUCGCUGAAAGAACAAUCACAGCUGGGCUAUGAAGUUAUCGGAUUGGAUUGGACUGUUGAUCCGACUGAGGCGAGAAGCAUCGUGGGACCAAACAUUACGUUACAGGGAAACUUAGAUCCACAGGACUUGUACAAGACACAGGAUGAACUGAAAGAACUGACUCUGGCUAUGGUGAGGAAAUUCGGUAAAGAUCGUUAUAUUGCUAACUUAGGUCAUGGCAUCACACCGUUGACACCCAUUGAGAGUAUGACUACAUUCGUCAAUACAGUGCACAGUGCGUUCGAAUAAUUUUGUUUGCGAGGCGCACUAACUCCUAAUAAUUUUUUAGUUUGUUGGUGGGGGUGACGGUCAGACGAUGGCUAUGCUACUUUUUUUUGUUAAAUCGUAUUUAAAUAAUUUUAGAAUUUUUCUAAGAAAAAAUUAGAGUUUUAAAUCACGUUGAGCAAUAAAUUUAGAAUUUUAAAUUGAAA